AUAAACCGUGGUUGCAGCCGCGGAUUAUGUGUUUAGAAGGUUUGAGGAGUUUUCUAGAGAGAGGAAAUUGUAGAGAGAAGUCAGAGCAAGUUGUGAGCGGGCCCGAGGUUCCUCAGCGGCGACUUCUGGCGAGUUAUCAUGGCAGGCAGGAACCUGUACCGACUGAACGGCGUUGCGCAUAUUGCCGGUUCUAUUGGUGACGAGCCCAAUAGGUGUAUAUACAGUGUGAGGCGGCAACAGAAUAUGCCCAUGCAUGAAAGGAUCAUCCCGUAUUUAGAGCGGGCUGGAUUGUACCAUUUGGCUAGGCUAAAUAGCCAAUGGUUCUGGUUGGAUGAGCCACUCGUUAGUGCGUUCGUUGAGAGGUGGCGUCCUGAGACGCAUACGUUCCACAUGCCUUUCGGAGAAUGCACAGUGACAUUGCAGGAUGUGGCAUUUCAGCUAGGGCUUCCUGUGGAUGGGGAGGCUGUGAGUGGUUGCCUUGGUGAGUUUGAGACAUACAUGGAGGGUGGCCGACCAGCUUGGGAGUGGUUUGAGGACCUAUUCGGUGAGCGGCCCCCACCGAAUAAGGUCAAGCAGAUGACAGUACACUUUACAUGGUUCCACGAGAGGUUUAGGGUGCUACCACCAGAUGCGAGCGAGGAGACUGUCCGCAUAUACGCACGGGCCUACAUCAUGAUGCUGUUAUCGACUCAGUUAUUUGGGGACAAGAGUGCGAACCGGGUUCAUAUACGAUGGUUGCCAUUUGUGGCAAACCUUGAUGGCAUGGGGAGGUAUAGCUGGGGUUCGGCCGCUUUGGCGUGGCUGUACCGAUGUAUGUGUCGGGUAGCAAACAGAAAUGUGACUAAUCUUGCGGGCCCGCUCCAGUUACUUCAGAGUUGGAUAUUCUGGCGGUUUCCGUCUCUUAGGCCGGCCGGGUUUGAGGUUUUCUCUUUCCCGCUGGCAUCAAGAUAA